AUUUUUGAAAAUGGAAUCUCCUACCCUUUUCCCCCACUCUCAAUGGAAAUCUGAAUCCUCUAAAAUCGCCAGAUGAAACACAGAAACACAAAAGAACACUGAAUAUUUCGAAACAGUUUCAAAUGCAAGAUCUCUUCGGAUCGGUUCGCCGGUCACUAGUCUACCGUUCUACCGCCGACGAUGAGAACCAAGAGAACCAUCCUCCGUUUCCUUCUCUUCUCGCCGAUAAAAUCACUUCCUGCAUCCGCAAAUCGAGGGUUUUCGUCAAACCCUACUCAUCACCACCUCCUCCUAACACCACCGUUCAAAUCAAACCUCCGAUUCGGUGGCGGAAAGGUCAGUUGAUUGGCCGUGGCGCCUUCGGUACUGUUUACAUGGGGAUGAAUCUCGAUUCCGGAGAGCUUCUCGCCGUUAAACAGGUUCUGAUUGCAUCCAAUUGUGCAUCCAAGGAGAAAACUCAGGCUCAUAUUCAGGAGCUUGAAGAGGAAGUUAAGCUUCUCAAGAAUCACUCCCAUCCAAAUAUAGUUAGGUAUUUGGGCACGGUGAGAGAAGAUGAAACUUUGAACAUCCUUCUUGAAUUUGUUCCUGGUGGAUCCAUAUCAUCUCUCUUAGAGAAAUUUGGACCAUUUCCUGAAUCUGUUGUUCGGACUUACACGAACCAACUGCUUUUGGGCUUGGAAUACCUUCAUAAUCAUGCAAUUAUGCACCGUGACAUCAAGGGUGCUAAUAUCCUUGUAGAUAACAAAGGAUGUAUUAAACUUGCUGAUUUUGGUGCAUCCAAACAGGUAGCGGAGUUGGCUACUAUUUCGGGUGCCAAAUCUAUGAAAGGGACUCCCUAUUGGAUGGCUCCAGAAGUUAUCCUUCAAACUGGGCAUAGCUUCUCUGCUGAUAUAUGGAGCGUAGGGUGCACAGUGAUUGAAAUGGUGACCGGGAAAGCUCCUUGGAGUGAGCAGUAUAAAGAGAUUGCUGCUAUCUUCCACAUUGGAACGACAAAGUCACAUCCUCCAAUCCCUGACAAUCUCUCCUCUGACGCAGAAGAUUUUUUACUCAAGUGUCUGCAAAAAGAACCAAAUAUGCGGUCUACCGCUUCUGAGCUGCUAAAGCAUCCGUUUGUUACGGGCAAACAGAACGAGACUGCUUCUACAGUUCUUGCUUCCGUCAUGGAAAAUUCAAGCAUUCCUUUACCAUCAGCGUUAACGGGCAUGAAAAGCUAUCAAAUAUCUACGUGCGACGAUGUAGGAGACAUCUGUAACUUGGGUAGUCUGAGUUGUACACUUGCUUUUCCAGAGAAUUCAAUCCAAAACAACAAUUCGUGGCGGAAAAAUAAUAAUGGGUAUGACAAUGAUGAUGAUGACAUGUGUUUGAUUGACGAUGAUAAUUUCUUGACAUAUGAUGGGGAGGCUGGCCCUACUCUUGAGAAAAAUUCUGAUGCCGAGAAGAGCUGUGAUACCAUGAGUGAGAUCUCUAAUAUCUUGAAGUGCAAGUUUGACGAAAGUUCUGGGAAUGGAGAUACAGUUACGAAAAUCAGCAUGGAAGUGGACCAGCCAUCAUACUCGGAGGAUGAAAAUGAGCUGACCGAGUCAAAAAUUAAAGCUUUCUUAGAUGAAAAGGCUACAGAUCUAAAGAAGUUACAGACACCUCUCUUUGAAGAAUUCUACAACGGUUUGAUCACAUGCUCUCCCAGCUACAUGGAGAGUAAUAUCAGUAACAAUAAACGAGAGGAGACGCCUCACGGUUUCUUGAAACUACCUCCAAAAAGUAGGUCUCCGAGUCAGGGCCAUUUUGGCCGUUCACCUUCUAGAGCAACAGAUCCAGCUUGUUGUUCCAAGAGCCCAGAAAGCCGUAGUAGCUCCACUGUGCCGAAAAAUAGCAGUGCAAAUGCAAGUGCUGAUGCUGAGCAGGUAUCAAACAGCCAGAGUGUUGCACUGUCCGAAAUAGAGAGGAAAUGGAAGGAAGAGCUUGACCAAGAACUUGAAAGAAAGCGAAGAGAGAUUCUGCAGCAAGCAGGGAUGGGAUCAUCCCCAAGAGACAGAAGCUUGAGCCGCCAUAGAGAAAGGUCGAGAUUUGCAUCUCCGAGCAAAUGAUAUGUACACAGCCAAUUUUGCACUUUUGUCUCUCAAGGCUCGUACUGUUUCUAAAUCUUUGCUUUUGAUCUUUCGAUUGCUCAACUAGUAUAUAUGAUUGAUUAUACAUAUAAAUAUAUGUGCCUCGUAUGCGUCAACUUGAAGUUUGAAUACAUAUACAUA